UUCAUACACACACAUGUUCUCUUAUAGGCACGCAAUCUGCCUUUAAAAUUCCUAACCUUAUAUCUGGUGCGAAUAGACACAGCGAAAAAGAAAGUGAAAAGAUGAAACCGCUUAUGUUGCAUGGGCAUGAGCGUGCCAUCACACAAAUCAAGUACAACAGAGAAGGAGACUUACUUUUUUCAGCGAGUAAGGAUAAGCAACCAAAUGUGUGGUAUGCCUUGAACGGAGAAAGAUUGGGUACCUUUAAUGGUCAUAAUGGUUCAGUUUGGUGCAUCGACGUCAAUUGGAAUACUACACGCUUUAUGUCUGGUAGUGGUGACAACUCUCUGAGAAUAUGGGAUUGUCAAACAGGAAAAGAAAUUAGCAAGUUGGAAACAAAAAGUUCUGUGAGAACUUGUGCUUUCAGUUACUCUGGUGAUCUUGCUGUUUAUGCCACAGAUAAAACUCUGGGUAAUGUGUGCGAGAUGAAUAUCAUUGACAUUAGAAGUCCUGAGGCCAUCAUUUCUCAAAAUGAUAAUAUUUGCAAAAUCUCAUCUGCUGUUAGCAGGAUCUCAUCUCUACUGUGGGGAGCUUUAGAUGAGACAAUUAUUACUGGUCAUGAAAAUGGUGAAUUGAAUAUUUGGGAUUGCAGAACUGGAAAAAAAUCGAUGGAUGCUCAAGGUCAUAGUCUUCAAAUCAAUGACAUGCAAUUCAACAAAGAUAGCACAAUGUUUGUAACAGCUUCUAAAGAUAAUACGGCUAAAUUGUUUGACAGCGAUACUUUGAUGCCUCUCAAGUGCUACAAAACUGAAAGACAUGUGAACUCAGCUACGAUUUCUCCCAUUUUUGAUCAUGUUGUGCUGGGAGGUGGUCAAGAUGCUAUGGAUGUCACAACGACAUCCACUAAGCAAGGAAAAUUCGACGCUCGUUUCUUCCAUCUUGUCUUUGAAGAAGAAUUUGCACGCUUAAAGGGUCAUUUUGGUCCCAUCAACUCCUUAGCAUUCCAUCCAAAUGGACGAAGUUUCUCUUCUGGAGGAGAGGAUGGUUAUAUUCGUAUUAACACAUUCGAUCAAGUUUAUUUCGAUUUCAAUUUUGAAUGUUGAAAAUUUUAUAAAAAUAAACACUAUUUUUAACAUCUUCAA